AGCAGAGAGCCUUGGUAGAAAAAGUAUAUUCGACAUGCUUUCAGUGCAUCCUGCCGUUGCGUUGUUGUGUGUUGUUAUAUCAGGACAAUGGAGUUUAGUGUCCAGCGCAUGUCCAGCCGGAGCCACUGAGACAGUUGGUACGGUGAUCGGGGGCUUUUGUUAUGAAUUUGUGGACAAGGAAACCAACUGGUACAAUGCCGUGGCUGGCUGCGAGGCUAAAGGGGGUCGACUGCUGGAAAUACCGUCAGCAGAAGUUCAGGACUUUGUGGACGUCAACCUGAUCGCGUACAGGCAGAACCAGGAGCUCGGGAUCUGGAUAGGAGCCAAGAGGGCCACUAAUGCGGAUUCCACCGGUGGGGCCUGGUUUUGGCACAAGUCGAACACCAAGCUCUCGUACGAGAACUGGGCGCAAGACGAACCCUCAAUGUUUUGGAAUUCCUAUUACGACCCCGAGGAGUGUGCCUAUAUGAGAUACGACAAGUCUUGGCAGUGGAACGACUUUCCCUGCACUGAUACGUAUUGGGGGAGUCACAGCUAUAUCUGUGAAUAUGUUGGUGAGGGUUCCCUAGACACCAGUGGGGGUAUCUACCACGGUGGGUCAAACGUCACAGAAAUGGCACUGACCAUGGAGCCUACUACUACCACUACCACACCCGAGGUCCAUGGCGGCAGCGCUGGCAGGAGCGGCUUUGACGACACAUCUCAAAGUGACAGUACUGUAGCGCCACUAUUGCCACAUCUGACGCAUUUCUUUUCUGUGGCCGGAUUCACCAUUGCUAGUAUCCUGCUUGUGGCUGUGGUGAUACUUUUUGGUGUAUAUAUAGUGCGGAAGUGGCGACAAGCCAAGACAGGUGACAACCAAAACACGCCUCUUUUUCACAAAAGUCAGCCUAAGCAGUCGGUGCCGAUAUCAGAUUAUGGCUCCCCUAUUUUCCUCUGAGAGAUGGGUUCUUCACCCUACUCCUCAUCGUUUGUACAGAUUCGGGUUAAUCUCGACAUAAUACACUGGGUUUGAAGUUGGAGAACUAUGAAACUAAAUAUUUUAGACAAGGGCUAUGUGCCUUCUGGCGGGUUCCUGCAGUUCUGGAAUCGUUGAAACACACACUUCAGUUUCGCCGAGCCAUUGGUUUUAAUACUAGCAUGUAGAAAAUGGUAAAUCUUGGGAGUAUUUAACCAGGAGCGAAUCCAGAGAUAUUUACUGACAGUCUUCCAAAUUAUCUUUGUUGAUUCAUCCUCCAAUUUUGACCGUCUUCCAAC